AUGGGCCUAGACUAUCUCAUGGUGCAUUUGACAUACAACAUCCCACUCGCAGUGGUGAUGACAUUGGCUUACUGGCCUUUCUUUACAAAGCUGGAUCUAUACAGAAUAGCAACGCUUAUUACGAUUGCGGUCAUAUCAACCAUUCCCUGGGACUCCUAUCUUAUCAGGGCUCGGAUCUGGACAUACCCACCAUAUGCGAUACUAGGACCGAGAAUAUGCUUGAUUCCCAUUGAGGAGGUUUUCUUCUUCGUCAUUCAGACGUACAAUACAAGCCUGGCGUACAUUAUUCUAACAAAGCGCUUUGUCAUGCCUAUGUAUCUUGGACCGCAAGAUGCACUGAAAAGAAAUCUAGGAAUUGUCAUUAUCGGCUCGUGUCAAAUUUUGGGACUGGCUAGUAUAUUUCAAGGUGGACGGUAUACCUACCUAGGGCUCAUUCUAGCUUGGAUCUGCCCAUUCAUGAUGAUUCAAUGGCUGGUGGCCUAUCGAUUUAUUGUACGACUUCCACUUCGAGAGAUAUCUCUGGCGGUCUGUAUACCCACUCUUUUUCUAUGGGUUGUAGAUACUAUCGCCUUGGGAAAGGGGACAUGGGUGAUCGAGUCAGCCACUAAGUUAGAUAUUCAACUCUGGGGGAGUCUGGACAUCGAGGAAGCGAUAUUCUUCGCUGUAACGAACAUCAUGAUUGUGCUUGGUCAAAUGGCCAUUGACAAUGCGAUUGCAUUGGGUAUAUAUAACAUGGGUAUCACUUCAGAGACGGAAUUUCCAUCUUAUGGACAGCUCUUCACGCAGUUUAUUAACAGACGGAAUGAAGAGCUCAACAUGAAGUAUAUACAUGAUCUACGCGAUGCAGUGAUGAGACUUAUGCAGCGCAGCCAGAGUAUGUACAUGGGAAGUGCCAUGUUUGAAGGCCAGCUUCGCAUUGACUUGAUCUAUUUAUAUUCAUUUUGCCGAGUGAUAGAUGAUCUAGUGGAUGAAGCACCAGACAGCAAUACGGCACGGUCUGUAAUUCAAGAGUGUGCACUGCUUCUUGAGCAGAGAUUCAAAGGAAAGAACAUGGCGAAGAGCAUACGCUGUGGCCCAGUCCUGCUAUCGUCCAUCGAGCAUCUUCCUGUUGAAAGGCUGUCGAUCGAACCUCUUCAAAACCUGCUGAAGGGCUUCGAAACAGAUCUCGAGUUCAACACCAGCCAUACCAAAUCUCCAAUCUUAACCGAAGCAGAUCUGGAGAAGUAUGCCUACCGUGUCGCAGGAACGGUUGCCGAAUCCGUCAUCCAGCUAACCGUCGCCCACAACCGCCCACAAAAUCUUAAUAAACACACGCACCAACAGACGAUCACCGCAGGCGCACUCAUGGGCCAAGCACUCCAAUACAUCAACAUCGCCCGAGACAUUCAAUGCGAUGCAGAAAUCGGGCGCGUGUAUAUACCCACAACCUGGUUAGAGGCGAAAGGGCUCACACCAGCCAAGGUUCUGGAUUGUCCCACUGAUCCACAAAUACAGAGCCUGAGGAUGAGACUGCUCGAUCAAGCGGAUGAGUGGUAUAGAAUGACAGAGGCGGCAACCGGGAGGCUUCCAUUGGAGGCCCAAGGCCCCAUCCGCGUCACGGUGGAGAGUUAUAUGGAAAUUGGGAGAUCUUUGCGGCAGUUGAACGAGCUGCGGACAAACGGAAAGAUGGAAGUCCCGCUGUGGAGGCGACUGAAAGUGGCCUACGGUGCAUUGGCCGAUGGGGACAUGGAAUAG